GGUAGCGGGACAAUCAAAUUGCUAACAAUCUGCUAUAGUUUCCUUUUCCGCUUGUUAUUUGAUUGUACAGUUGAAAUGGCAGAAUAUGGAGAGCAAUGCGUUGAUCAAACACGCCGGACUGACGAGUAUGGAAACCCCGUUCGCCAGGCCGCCGGAGGUAUCACAGGAGAAUAUGGAGCCACUGGAGGUAACGUCGGAGAAUUUGGCACCACAGGGGAAUAUGGAAAUAAAGGCGGCGGGAUUGGUGCUGGCACCACUGACGGCGCUAGCCUAACUGGUGAAUAUCAGGGGCAGCUCCGCCGUUCUGGGUCGGGCAGCUCCUCUUCGGAGGACGAUGGGCAAGGUGGAAGGAGAAAGAAGGGACUCAAGGACAAAAUAGAAGACAAGUUAACCGGUAGCAAUAAGGAAGAUCAAACUUACAAUUUGGCUUCGAAGAAUACCACUCCAGCAGGUUAUGAAGCUACCGGAGAACGUGGCGAGGAGAAGAAGGGAAUGAUGGAUAAGAUCAUGGACAAACUGCCCGGCCGCAAUAAUUAAUAAUAUAUAUGUAAACAAAAUAAUAGUCCUUGAAUUAGUUCCUUCGAGAUGAAGUGAGAAACAGACCAUCGCAUGACUCUUUCGACUUGACGGAGCAUCAAUCAAUGUAUCAUUUAGUGCUUGUUUUUCCGUCUUUAAGUUACAUAAAAUGUUAUUGAAAUAAGCCAUGGCCUUGUUCCUACGAACAAAGCAUGUGCAUGUGUGCGUAUUUGCCAUAUUGUGAUGUGUUUGACGUGUCUAUGUAAUCUGUAUUGCUAUUACAAGUAAUGCUCAGACUGUUUAUAAAAAAGUAAAUGUUUCCUCUUU